AUGGUGGCCACAAAGAAGAUGAAAAAGUCUCUGGAGUCAAUCAACUCUAGGCUCCAACUCAUUAUGAAAAGUGGAAAGUAUGUGCUGGGGUACAAGCAGAUUCCGAAAAUGAUCAGACAUGGCAAAGCAAAACUGGUCAUCCUCACCAACAACUGCCCAGCCUUGAGGAAAUCGGAAAUAAAAUACUAUGUCACGUUGGCCAAAACUGGUGUCCCUCACUACAGUGGCAAUAAUAUUGAAUUGGGCACAGUGAGUGGGAAAUACUACAGAGUAUGCACACUGGCUAUUAUUGAUCCAGGUCAUUCUAAUUUUAGAAGCAUGUCAGAGAGGCUAGUAAAAAAAAGACGUCAACUACUGUGGCAACGGAUACAAACGCUGCUCCUGAUCAUUUCAUUUCGAGUUUACACUAGAGCAUCUCUUGAAAUUACUACUUCACAAACGCUUUUGAAGAACACAUCCUCCCAUCUAGAUUCUAACUCUGUCUUCCUUUGUGCCCUUCUCUACCUCAGCUGGUACCCGGAACAGAAACAAGUAGGCAUAGGUAACAAGCAAAGAAUUGAUCCUGCCGCAGAAUUAGGUUAA